UGCUCAUGCCAUGGCUCUCCUCCCUCCUUCCUCCUCCUCCUCCUUCAUCUCCCUGAUCCUAUCUGCAUCUACCUGAUCGCUCUCUGACUACAUCCCUUGCCCCUUCUCUGAUCAUGAAGGCUUGCGCGCCCUUCAUAUCCGCCCUCUGCCUCCUCCUAAUCCAAGGAGUAAACUGCGGCUUUUGCCCUGCAACAUCCUGUCUGCGCACGGGAGCGUCGGGCCAGUGUCUCCUUCCCAACAUCUCCUCCUCUUUCUGCCCAGCAAGCGAGUGGUCACCAUACAUCACGUCCUACCCUCCUUCAUGGUGGACAAAGUCGAACAUCAGUUCCAUGAACGCUACCCCUGCGCUGGGGUAUAUCAAGGAGUACGCGCCAUGCUGCCGCCAUUGCGUGUGGAGCCUCGGGUAUCCCCUUGCAGUCCCCUUGGUCAUCGUCAUCUCCCCCAACCAAGACCUCUGCGCAGCGGAAGUCUCCAAAUUCAGCCUCUGCUACCUCGACUGCACAAAGUGGGCAGGUGACCUGUCGGUUCUCGACACAGACGGCAACGGGCGGCUGAGCUACCAGGAGUUUCUCCCCUACUUCACCGACUACCUCGUUGCUCCCUCCCAGAACUAUCAGCUCUACACUGGAGGCAGGAUGACGUUCGACGUCCAGUUCUCGCGCUUGAACCCGUUCUAUGUGUUUGCCUUCAUCGAUUUCAACAACGACUUCAUGGUUUCCAUGCAAGAGUGGGACAUCUUCCGCCACUUCUGGACUCCUGUCCUGGUCUCUGGAGCAGGCCCCAGCCUCGUCCCCUCCGACGGCAGGUCGCUUGCUCAAGGGCCGUUCGGAGGGUUCUUCAUGGACGAGGCCCUGUAUGCGAUUUGGAGCACGAAUGCCAUCAACCUGAUGCUGGAGUACUACGUCAACCACAGGAAGCAAGGCUUCCGCUCCUACGACGUGAGGGAGCCGGAGAGCGUCGAGAAGAUGAGCAGCAUGAGCAGCAGGGACCUGGACGGGUCGGGGAGGGUGUCCAUGGAGGAGCAUUACUUCUAUCAUUUCUCGGACAAGAACGGAGACGGGGUGCUGUCACCUGAAGAGUUCUACUCCUCCCUCUACAGGACUGACUGCAAACCACUCUGUCCUGUCGUCGGAUGCAACUGCUCUGAGUGCCCUGCCAGCGGGGUCGUGGCUGCCGACUGCCCGCCGUCGCCGCAGGGGGACGUGGAUGGGACGGAUCUGAAGAGGAAUUUCAAUCUGCACGAUAUGGAUAAGAACGGCGUCAUCUCUUUCCUCGAGCGUAAGUUCGUCGCUGCCGACCUCAACAUGGACAGGAUGAUCGACUCAGAGGAGUGGAGGAUCGCGGACUACCCGGAGGACUACGGGCCGUUCCUCGGUCACUGCGUCGUGGAGGGCAGUCGUUGCGUGAUCAACUCGGCGACUUACAACUUCUACAUGUCCUUUCACUACUGUGCGUCCCGGGGCUCCAAGACGUACAAGCGUCUUCUCUCGCAGUAUCCAUGGUCCUCUUCCUGCCUGCUCAAGGUGGAGGUCGAGCGGCUGCCGCCGUUCGUAGACGUCAUCCAGUUCAACACAAGCGAUCAGAAGGCGAAGCUGGAGUCGGAGGGCUGGCUCUGCUGGGAUCCUGACCCAGCCGUCUCUAACGACAGCCUGUGCUUCACGGGAUAUGCCGUGCAGAUGUUCCAUGCUGCAGCUGAGCGACUGCUGUGGACGUACAGGUUCGUGCUGUCCCCCAGCUCGCUCACUGUUGCCCAACUCCGUCCUCCGGUGGUGGAGGGCGUCGGGGCAGGGAACGCAGAGUUCAAGCUUGCGCUGUUCAGCUCCUACAAGAUGCCUUGGCGACCUCCCCAGUACAACACGAGCGACUUCUUCUGCUCCUCGACACUCUGGAAGCAGGACGGUCUGGUGGUGGUGAAGAGGUCGGACGAGAAGGUAGUGUCGAUAGAGUUUGCGAUCCUCAUGCUCCUCAUCUCUCCUUCCUUCAUCAACUUCAUCGUCUUCUGCUACUUCGUCAUGCUCGUCGUCGGGCACAUCUUCUGGUGGGUGGAACGACGCCAGAACCCAGACCUCUUCAACAAGUCGUACGUGUACGGAGUGAUGGACGGACUCUGGUUCUCCAUCGUCACAGUCACCAGUGUGGGCUACGGCGACAAGGCACCCAGGACGGGGCUGGGGAAGAACUUGACCGUGAUCUGGAUGUUCCUCGGAAUGUUGUGCUACGGAGUCUUCAGCAGCGGCGUCUCUGAGCAGAUCAACGUGGCAGCGAAGGAGAACAGCAUCAAGAGCGUCUACGACCUCUCAACCUUCCAAGUCGGGGUCCUGGAGAGCAUGUCGGAGCCGCUGGUGAAGGGUAUCGACCUUGGGUUGGACUACAGCUUCACCACAAUCAAGUGCAAGGACCUGGCGGAAUGUGAGAAAUUCCUGCUGACGGAUCAGACUAUCAGUGCGUUCGUGGCUGCCCACAGCGAUGUCAUCGCAUACUUCCAGUCCAGGGGCCUCAACGACCAGAUGUGCGGGAACCCCAUGAGGAUCCUACUCCAACAGCGUCUAUGCGGCCCACUACCUCGCCGAUGCCCUCUCAGCAACCAUGCAGGAGCUCUUCGACGACGGGACUUCCAGCCUUCUCGCCACCAAGUUCCUCACCCAAGACCAGCCCCUGCUCAACGCGGAUGGCUGCAGCUCCGGCACUCGCUUCCAAGUCAAGCUCAUCAUCGCCACCAUCGUCGCCCUGGUCGUCUACUUCGCGCUCAUCGUUGCGGUCGGGAUCAGACGCAAGGCGGAGCAGAACAAGAGGAUCAGAGAGUUGCUCGAGCAAGCGAUCGCCCGUAGACGAGGAGACCAUGACGUGGACGCGAACGCGGCGGCGCUCAAGUAUGGGAAGCGAUGGGUCAACAAAGUGCGAGAGAAGAAGAGGAUGGUGAAGGAGGAGAAGCGACAGGAACUGAUCAAGCAGUGCAUGCACGAUCAGAUUAUCAGCAUCAUCAAGCAGCUUCGAAAUGAGCUUCACCUGCAGAUCGCUCUCACUGACUGCAUCUACUGCAACUUCAAGCGCGUCCACACGUUUGUCUCCAGGAUCACUUCCAUCUAUCGCAUCACCGUUGGAACUCUGGGAGCAAUUCUCUUCGUCCUCACUGUUGCGCUCCUCGUCCUCUGGAGCAAGACGGUUACCCUCAAGCAUGUCUGAACUUUGUUUGAUUUAAUUGAAAAUUCAAAUUGGCG